AUGACUUAUAAAAGGCCGUUUCCUGUGCAAAAAUUCCCACCUAGUGAAACUAAAAGUAAUCUAUCUCAAAACUAUAUCUGUCACGUUUGUGGCGACAAAGCACAUGUCAUCAACUAUGGUGCACUCAGUUGUUCGUCGUGUAAAACGUUCUUUCGUCGACAUGGUUUCUAUUCUCAGCGAAGUUUAGUCUGUCAUUUCGAUGGAAAAUGUUCGGUUACGACAGAAACAAGAAAAUUUUGUACGGCAUGUCGUUUCGCGAAAUGUUUAUCAAUUGGAAUGAAUUCGGAUUUCAUCCGGAAAGAAGAUUUGUCAUCUAAAAAUCGUCAAACACAUUUAAUGAAAUACAAUUCAAUGAUGAAAAAGAUCAUCCCUCUGGGUCACUUAGCCACGUUAGAUCUUCUUCGCAACGACCGAUCAUCUCUCACUCCAUUCGACUGGAACAUGCUUUCCAAUGUCACACACGCUUUCGACAAGUUCAGUCCAGCAUCUCAAACGCAACGUUUCCUCCAGCGUCUUUGCACUUGGCCUCAACACCUCUCCUUCGACAUUUCACAAAUCUUGAUUCUCUUCACUCAGUUCUACACAUCCAUCGAAUCAUUUAUUUCCUCAUCAGCCGACUUUCAAACGCUGACUCUACCUGAAAAGCAUUCCCUGUAUCAUCGAAAUCUGCACGGUGUUCUCAACCUGUAUGCGACAUUCAUUUUGUCAAUCUCUGGCAUGUUCGACACACUCAGCAAUGAUAAAAUUCUGACAAGUGUAUAUGGGUAUCAAAUGCACUGCCGGCUAAAAAACUUAAUUAUAAAACUUGAAGCCGAUGUCACGAUUAUCAAACUCAUGCUUCUCAUUCUCGCUUUUUCCACGAACUGUUAUAUGGUAGAUGAUCAUGGAGAUGUCGGUCGGGAUAGUUUAUUGCUGGGAACGUUUCGUUUACUUGGCAGUCAAAACAUGUACAUCGAAAUCCUGUGGAAAUAUAUGAUGCAUCGAUAUGGUUAUUAUAAUGCAUCCAUGCAUUUACUUCUGAUUGUUAAAACUAUACUUGGCCUGUUAGAUUUGUCUGCGAAUAUACAUCAAACGAACAAAUUCUAUCAAGAUUUUGUCGAAGAAGCUGCAGAAUUCGCUAAUGAAGAACUGACCAGACACGAGAAUGAAGUCGUCAUCCUAUGGGGUCGGGAAUAA